CUGGUCUAGUGAUUCUCGGCUCAUAUAACCCACCCCUGGUUUUUCUUCUUCUUUUGCAGACAAGCAGAUUUUCACAUGAGGGAGGCAAAAAAGUUGAAGCAGAAAGCAGAGUCAAUGACGGACAAGGUGGGGAAGGCUUUCAAGUACCUGGAAGCCGUCCUGUCCUUCAUCGAGUGUGGGAUCGCCAUGGAGUCUGAAAGCCCGGCGUGCAAGGCCGCCUACGCCGUGUACACGGACACCGUGGAGCUCAUCAAAUUCGUAAUGUCAUUAAAAUCCUUCUCCGAUGCCACGUCAACACAGGAGAAAAUAUUUGCUGUUUUAUGCAUGCGUUGCCAGUCCAUCUUGAACAUGGCGAUGUUUCGUUGUAAAAAAGACAUAGCAAUAAAGUAUUCUCGUACUCUCAACGAACACUUCGUGAGUUCUUCCAGAGUCGCCCAGGCACCUUCCCCGUGCAUUGCAAGAAGCACAGGCACGCCGUCCCCUCGCUCCCCAAUGCCUUCUCCUGCCAGCUCCGUCGGGUCCCAGUCGAGCUCUGGCAGUGUGGGGAGCAGCACGAUGGCUGCCACCAUCAGCACCCCAGUCACCAUCCAGAACAUGACAUCCUCCUAUGUCACCAUUACGUCCCAUGUCCUUACUGCCUUCGACCUUUGGGAACAGGCUGAGGUCCUUACAAGGAAGAAUAAAGAAUUCUUUGCUCAGCUCAACACAAAUGCGUGCACCUUGGCCCUCAACAGCAGCUUGGUGGACCUGGUGCAUUACACAAGACAGGGUUUUCAGCAGCUCAAAUAAGGAACCAAAACACCUUCGUGGAGCCCAAGUUGAUUCAAUGCCUUGGGAACUUUUUUUGCACGUUGGAAGCCUCAAAAGCAGUCCGGACGUUUGUGUCAUUCAGGAUGCCAAACUCUAGGAGAGAAGCAC